AGUGAUCUCCCCAUCCCUUCCCCACAUGUCAAACAGAGCACAGACCACAGCCUCCUCCGGAAAGCAGGAAUCCCAAGAAGCAGCGACGGCGACGGCGACGCCAUGGCUCUACUAACGGCGCCACCCGCGGCGCUGGUCGUCCUCGCCGUGGCGGCGGCGCUGCUGGCCCUGCUGCCGCGAGGGAGCGCGCAGAUAUCAGCACCGCCGGCGGGCGCCCCCGCGCCGUCGUCGUCGCUGGACUGCGCGGGCGCGCUGCUGAACCUGACGCCGUGCCUGACGUACGUGGAGCGCCGCAGCGCGCUGACGCGCCCGGAGAAGGGCUGCUGCGGGGCGCUCGCGGCCGUCGUGGGCGGCGACGACGCCGCCUGCCUGUGCGCGCUCCUGGCCGGGAACGGCGUCCGCGUCGACACCGUGCGCGCGCUCGCGCUGCCCACCAUCUGCCGCGUGGACGCGCCUCCGCCCAGGCUCUGCGCCGCGCUCGGCAUGCCCGUCGCCGAGCCGCCGGGCGGAGCCGCCGCGGACGCGCCGAUGGACUCAGGGUCCGACGCGCCGUCGACCACACCGGCAACGGCGGCCGCGAACGGCGGUCCGGGGGCCUCGAGACGGCCGUACAUGGUGGCUGCUCUCUCGCGCGGCUGUCUCGUCGUCAUCCUCUCCACGCUGCUGCUGUAACUCUCGUAGGCGGCACGGCGCUCUCGGCACCACGCACCGUAGAGCUGCCGCGCAUCUGUACAGGUGUAAAUGUACACACGCGUUCCGCCGGUGAUGGAAUCAAUUCGGGCGUCCCGUCCAUGCCAUCAA